UUGAUCGCAGAAAAUUCGUGAUCGUGAUCAAAAAUAUCAAUCACGCAGUACACUAACCGGAAGAUAUCACAUUUAUCCUCACCUACUAAUGACAAUACUUCGCUGUAUAAAUCCGUCUGUUUUCGUCUUUCACAUAAAUAAAAAAACAAAAUGGACACAAAACUGAUAUUUACGCUUAUCAAACAGAAGAAUAUAUUGAAAGAUGCAAAUACAACUGCCAAUGCUGUCGUAGCCAAUAAUCGUUCAAUAAAACUUUUCAUUUUAUUACCUUGCCAAGUAUUAUCAGUUAUGUAUGUUUUCUAUUCGUUAGUAUAGAUAUCAUAAAGCGAUCAGCAAAAUUUAUUAAGCCAAUUGGAAAUCAUUUUAUUAUUGCAUUACUAAUAACAAGUUUCGUUCAAGUAACAACUGAAUUAUCAAUGGUAGAAAAUUAUUUGCAUAUGGGUGUUGUGUGGCCGUCAACGAAUAGUUAUUGUGUAUUUUUCAACUGGUACACAUUUUCAUUGAAUGGUGUCAGUUUAUUUGUUAGCAAGUUAUUUUUAUAUAUUUGUUUGAAUUUUAUUUUUGAUUAUUUAUAAACGUUAGUGUGUUGGGCAUCUAUUGAGCGGCAUAUUAUUAUAUUUUCACAGUCAAUCUUUCAAAUUCGAUGGAAACGUAUUGCUUUUCGCUAUGUACCACUUAGUAUAGCAAUAUUUUACACCCCAACAUGCUGCGUUGCUGUUAUUUUUAUUUUUAUUUAUAAUUAUGUUAAUGAUUGGAAUUUUUACGAAUUAUUGUAUUGGCUGGCUAAUACAAUCAUACCAACUGUUUCGGUUGCUCUAGCAAAUAUUUUACUUCUCAUUCGAGUUACAUAUCGUUCAACUCGAAUAAGGCAUAAUGCUGAACGAACAAAAAAUAAUCUAAUAAUGACUAUACAAUUGCUUACAAUUUCAGCACUUUUUCUUGUGUUUCGGUUACCAAUUGCAGUUACAGGUUUAAUUCAACAAUUCUUCGAUGCAACAUUUAUUAUCGAUAUACAAUUUAAUAUAUUUUUCUAUUUAAUUUAUCUUAUUCAAUUGUUUUUACCGCUUGUUUGCUUAGUUUCUUUACCAGAAUUGAAGAAAACAACAGACAUGACAAUAAUUCGAUACGGGGGACACCGAAAUGCGAUUAGUGAUGUACCAGCUUUUUACGUUGCAUCCUUUAUGCCUGCUAUAAACAAACGAGGUGGUUCUUGGUCGCGCGAGCGACUAUUAGCUGGUAAGCAAAAAAAUUUUCAUUCCAAUCAAAUUCGUUUCUUUUCAUUUCAUCUCGAUUUCUUCAACAGCGAAGUGAAUAUAAUUACUUUCACUUAUCUUAUUGCAAACAAAUAA